CAUCGCCGAGACGAAGACUCAAGAUGGCGGGCGGGUUGUUUCAAUGUAGUCACGUGCCAAGACACGGGAACUGGAUUAGGAAUAGCGCACCGCCACGCAGCGCCAUCGGUGAGGUUCCGAGCAUUGGCAUCGACCCUCAAGCAAUUUCUACCGCAAGUAAGCUACAUGCCGCAAAAGCCUCCCGCGUCUUGGAAGAAAGAAAGGAGGAAAAUGAGAAAAAAGACACCCCUAAACACUCCUAAACACUGCUAAAUAUACUGCUAGACAGCACUAAAUCUCACGUGGACAGCGCCAAUGUGGAGUGUGUCAGCAUAUUUUCUGUCAAGAUCGGCGAAAGGAUUCCCGCUAUUGUCGCUAUUUGUCGCCAUUUCCUCCAUCUCUUCUAUUUCCCCCACUCUAUCUCCUCGGAGGCAUGUUCUAGACACCGACGCGGCUAGCAUGCACGCGACUACCGCCGCCACCGAUGCACCACUGCUGCAUGAAGAUGAUGCUACUGGGCGUACUGUCUACUUAGUAGGCCCGAUUCAAUUGCCUCCCUUCCUCCCACCACACCUAUUCCGCUCUUACGCCCAUGUCGAUCUCACCUUUCCCUUGACUGAAGGUGGGGGAUGCCUGCCAAAACCAGAAAAGCCAGCAAAACAUGCCAGGGAUCCCCUCACUUCGACCAAACACUGACAAACCCAACGGCGGCGUCCCCGUCAAUCUCUCUCCCGACCUCGGCCAAUCCAAGUCGAACAUCACCAACCUCAUCCAAUCCUGACGCCGUAUCUCAGCUUCCUCACAGCUUCCCCUGCACCGUGACGCACCAUCGCGCACCGUCGCGCACGGUAAACGCACUAUAUCGAAGCCGCCACGCUGUCAUAGCGCUGAAUUGCCGUUGGAGAUGAUGUGGAUCCGCUUUGCGCCACGUCUUGGCUAUAUAGGUUUCUCGUUUUCUCGUCAGAUG